AUGCAGCUCGCUCCCAAGGAGAUAGAUAAGCUCCUCAUCACCCAAACCGGCACCCUCGCCCAGCGCCGCCUCGCCCGCGGCGUCCGCCUCAACCACACCGAAGCCCUCGCCCUCAUCUCCCACGUCCUGCACGAGCUCAUCCGCGAUGGCGCCCACACCGUCGCGGACCUCAUGUCCCUCGGCACCACUUUACUGGGACGCCGACACGUUCUGCCGAGUGUCCCGAGUCUGUUGACGGAGAUGAUGGUCGAGGGCACGUUUGCGAAUGGGACGUAUUUGGUUACGGUGCAUGAUCCGAUCUCCAGUGAUGAUGGGAAUUUGGAGCGCGCGCUUUACGGGAGUUUCCUGCCGAUUCCGAAGGAGGGACUGUUCCCGUGGCCGCCGGCUGAGGGGUUGGAGGCGUAUACGGACGAGACGAAGGUUCCGGGGGCGGUGGUGGCGGUGAAAGGCGACGCUGGGCGUGUGGUUUUGAACGAAGGACGGAAGCGGAUCCAGCUGAAGGUGACGAGUAAAGGUGACCGCCCGAUCCAGGUGGGCAGUCAUUACCAUUUCAUCGAGGUCAAUCCGAAGCUGGAAUUCGACCGCGUGCGCGCGCACGGGUAUAGGUUGGAUAUUGCUGCGGGCACGAGCGUGCGGUUCGAGCCUGGGGAUGCGCGGACGGUGCAGUUGGUGCAGAUUGCAGGGAAUCAAGUUAUUAAAGGUGGGAAUGGGAUCGCGACGGGGAGUAUCCAUGAUACGGAGCUGGUGAACGGUAUCUUAGCGCGGAUGCAGGAGGGUGGGUUCUUGCACAAAGAGGAGCCCGGCAGGGAUGUACAGCUGGAGGCGCCGACGCUGGCGAGGGAGGAUUAUGUAGCGAUGUUUGGACCGACGACGGGGGAUCGGGUGAGGUUGGGCGCUACGGAUCUUUGGAUUAAGGUGGAGAGGGAUUUGACUGUGCGCGGGGAUGAGUUGAAUUUUGGGGGUGGUAAGACCGUGAGAGAUGGGAUGGGGCAGGCGAGUGGGUGGAAGGAUCAUGAGUGUUUGGAUACGGUGGUGACGAAUGCGCUUAUUGUGGAUUGGUCGGGUAUCUACAAGGCGGAUAUUGGGGUUAAGGAUGGGAUUAUUGUUGGCAUUGGGAAGGCGGGCAAUCCGGAUGUCAUGGAGGGCGUGGACGAGAAGCUCGUGGUGGGCUCGUGUACGGAUGUGGUUGCGGGCGAAGGCAAGAUCGUGACCGCUGGUGGUUUCGACAGCCACAUCCACUUCAUCUGUCCUCAGCAAGCGAACGAGGCGAUCGCAUCUGGAAUCACGAGCCUGCUCGGCGGCGGGACUGGACCCAGCACUGGAACGAACGCCACGACCUGCACACCCGGCCAAGAGCUCAUCAAAGGCAUGCUGCAAGCCACCGACAGCAUCCCCAUGAACAUCGGCAUCACAGGCAAAGGCAACGACUCCGAACCGGGUCCCCUCCGCGAACAAACCGAAGCCGGCGUCUGCGGCCUCAAGCUCCACGAAGACUGGGGCACCACGCCCCGCGCCAUCGACACCUGCCUCACCGUCUGCGACGAAGAAGACAUCCAAUGCCUGAUCCACACCGACACGCUGAACGAAUCCGGCUUCGUCGAGACCACGGUCGCCGCCUUCAAGAACCGCACCAUCCACACCUACCACACCGAAGGCGCCGGCGGCGGCCACGCCCCGGACAUCAUCUCCGUCGUCCAACACCCCAACGUCCUGCCCAGCUCCACCAACCCGACCCGCCCUUACACCGAGAACACGCUCGACGAGCACCUCGACAUGCUGAUGGUGUGCCACCACCUCUCGCGCAACAUCCCCGAGGACGUCGCGUUCGCCGAGUCGCGCAUCCGCGCCGAGACCAUCGCGGCGGAAGAUGUGCUGCACGAUCUCGGCGCCAUCAGCAUGAUGUCCUCGGACUCGCAGGCCAUGGGCCGCUGCGGCGAAGUCAUCCUGCGCACCUGGAAUACGGCACACAAGAACAAAGUCCAGCGCGGUUCACUCAGCGAAGACGAAGGAACCGACGCGGACAACUUCCGCGUCAAGCGGUAUAUCAGCAAAUACACCAUCAACGUCGCCCUCGCCCAAGGAAUGUCGCACCUCAUCGGCUCCAUCGAAGUAGGCAAACUCGCCGACCUGGUCCUCUGGCCUCCGAGCAGCUUCGGCGUCAAGCCCGCGCAGGUGAUUAAAGGCGGCAUGAUCGCGUGGAGCCAGAUGGGCGAUCCGAACGCGAGUAUCCCGACCGUCGAGCCGGUGUAUAUGCGACCGCAGUUCGGGGCGAUGAUUACUAGUAAUUCGAUCGCGUGGGUGAGUCGGAAGAGCGUGGAGAAGGGGACGGUGGGGAAAUAUGGGUUGAGGAAGCGGGUGGAGGCGGUGAAAGGGUGUCGGACGGUGGGGAAGGGGGAUAUGAAGUGGAAUGGGUAUAUGCCGGAGAUGAAGGUGGAUCCGGAGAGAUAUACCGUCGAGGCCGAUGGCAUGGUCUGCAAAGCAGAGCCAUCCGAGACCCUACCGCUGACGCAGGCGUACUUCAUGUACUGA